ACUGUGGUGUGCCAUUAUGGCAGCCGACCACUGUGAGUUGCUAGCGGAGAUGUCCACCAUUGGGCGUCUGAGUGCCACUGAACGCCUCAAACAUGCCCAGAGGCGGCGUGCUCAACAACUGAAGGCAUGGGCUCAGGUGGAGAAGGAUGCAGCACGAAGUUCUAAGGCCAAAGCGGAUAAGAAGAAGAAGCGUACAAGAAAAAUUACCUUCCCCAGCGCCACCACCCUUCUUGAUGCAGCUGCACGCAAUGACCUGGAUGAGGUAAGGGAGCUGCUCAACAGUGGCGUAAGCCCUGAUCUGGUCAAUGAAGAUGGACUGACUGCCCUCCAUCAGUGCUGCAUUGAUGAUUUCGUGGCCGUGGUGCAAUGCCUGUUGGACGCUGGUGCUUGUAUCAACGCCUGUGACAGUGAGCUGUGGACACCGCUGCAUGCUGCUGCCACCUGUGGGCACACUGGCCUGGUGCAACUCCUUAUUCAAGCUGGAGCAGAUCUUACGGCCGUCAACGCAGAUGGAAACAUGCCUUAUGACCUCUGUGAAGAUGAGGCCACUCUCGAGCUUCUGGAGAUGGUCAUGGCUGAACAGGGAAUAACACAGGCGCGUAUCGAUGAAUGCAGAGCAGCUAAAGAGGUGGCCAUGCUCGCUGACAUCCAAUCUCUAGUUCAGAAUGGAGCUGACCUAAACAGUCAGGAUGAUAAUGGGACAACACUGCUACAUAUAGCAUCUGCCAAUGGAUACCUGUCUGUGGCGGAGUUGCUGCUGGAACACAAGGCAAAGGUGGAGAUAAAGGACUGUGAUGGGUGGACCCCGUUGCAUGCUGCCUCCUGCUGGGGACAAAUCCAAAUGGUGGAGCUGCUGGUGGCCCAUGAAGCCAGCUUAGAUACAAAGUCAAUCCUGGAAGAGACUCCCUUGGAUGUGUGCAUGGAUGAGGAGGUCAGAGCCAAACUAAUGGACCUCAAGCACAAACAUGAUGCCAUUAUGAAAAGCCAGGACCGUCACAAGAAUACCUUACAAAAACGAGCUUCUAGUACCGGCAGCAGAGGGAAAGUGGUGCGUCGUGUCAGUGUGAAUGAGCGCUCGAGCCUGUACCGGCGGGAGCAUCACAAAGAGGCCAUGGUGUGGCAAGAGAGGGGCCGAGAGCCUGAAUCACAAGAUGACGACGAGGACCGUCUGACAGAUAAUGAGCUUCACCAACAUGCUGCAGGUGGAGCCUCGUCACAUGCGGAUGAGCCAGAUGCCUCUAUCGGCGAUAGAAUUUCAAGCCUAGGCAAUGGAGGGACAUCUGUUUCACUGGCCUCUUAUGUGCCUGGAGAGCAGUGGCGUGGUGGCGGUCGCACAGAACGCAGCGCCUCCUACGAGCUCAACCCAUCAUCGGGGCCUGUAGAGGAAGAAGGCUCAGACAGUAUGACUCGGGAAAAAUCCCACCACACAUUGGCCGACCUGAAACGGCAACGGGCGGCGGCUAAGCUCAAUAAGUACCCAGCACCUCCGCCACCUUUGACCCCACCAAUAGAAGAGGAGACCCCUGGUGCUGCGUCCGAGGCGACGAGUUCCGCAGCCCUGCGGGUGCAGGCUCCAGUGAUGCAGCACCACACAGAGACAGUAGCCUCCUCCAGUCAGGUGUUCUUCACACCAGCCAGUGGAGAUCCUCCUCUACUGAAAUUGAGAGCCCCUGAGGAAGAGCAGUCUACCAACAAGGAGCCUUGCUGUGGACUCAUGUAGGGAGACAGAAGUUGGAUAGUUUUUACACUCCAAUGUGGAUCAGAAUUAUUCUUACACUAUCCUGAGAAAGUAUUAUUAUUGGGUUAAAAGGAUAGAUUGCCUUUGACAUCACUUGGUAUUUUGCCAACGUAUGUGCCCGAUGAUGUCAACUCUUGGGAUACCUGUGUCCAUGACACCAUAAAAGGGACAUCCAGUGUAACAAAAUGGCGUUGCAUCCAGUGACCAUAAAAGGAAUUAGUGCAAACAAGGUGAGUUCAUGUUACCUGGUGAUGCUGUGGCAUGACAUGUUCAGGGGCUCUUGUUGUCGAAUAAAAGGUAAUCAUGGGGUGUCUUAUCAAUAACAAAAACAGUCAUUUGUCAUCAUACCUGUGAAUAGGUUGCAUUAGAGUCAAAGAUCUGUUACUAACCAUUUAAUUGUUAGCAUGUUUGUGUUAUCCUAAGAAUGAGAAAAUGUCACAACUUUAACGUUAAGACACCUGUUUUCACCUGCACAAGCCACGUGAGUGUGCCCAUUUGCUGCCAAUGCUGUGUGAGUGCUUGGAUGACUCCCCCACACCAACACCUCAAUGAAGCCCUCUGCACACAGUCAUACCCAUCAUUGAUGCGGGAGAGAGCAGUAAAGGAAGCUAUUCACAUGUAUGACCACAAAUGACCUUUAUGUAUGACUAAACGACCCAACUGUAUGACACCCCAUGAUUCCCUCUGAUUCUGCAGGUGCCCAAAUCAUGAUGUCAUGCCACAACAACACCAGAAAAAAAGUGGUAACUCCUUUCAUGGUCAACUGAUGUGACAUUAAUGGAUACAGGUGUCCCUAUAGGUGACAUCAUUGGGCAGGUGUGCUGGCAAUGUGCCAUGUGAUGGCAUCAUAGGCAAUCCAUCACUUUGUCAUUAACUCGGUAAUACUCCCCCCCCCAUCUCAUGAGUUGACUGCAUGGCGCACAUUUUUCGACUUUGCUCAUCUUGUGUUCUUCGUGAAAGCUUGACAAUGUCAGCGUUUCCUAACUUGAUUGAAGCUGUGAAAGACAAAAUCUUGACUUAUUAAAUAUUGAAAAUAUGAGCUUUAA